AUGAUCAUCAAGAAGAGGAUCAAUGGAGAAGAAGAAGAACGAUUUGCUCUCCGGUCAAUGGACGACGAGUUCGAGAGUGUUACCGGAGCCAAGAAAAGAACAUAUGCAGAACUAGUGAAGGCAACCAAUAACUUCGCAGAAGGACAGAAGCUUGGAGAGGGAAGAUUUGGUUCGGUUUAUCGAGGAUCUUUGAAAGAUGUCGACUCUGAGGUCGCGGUUAAGAGGAUAUCGACGAUGUCUCGGCAAGGCGUGAAGGAGUACGCUUCGGAAGUAACGAUCACAAGCCGGUUGAGGCAUAAGAACUUGGUGGAACUAAUCUGUUGGUGCCAUGAAAAGAAGGAACUACUCCUUGUUUAUGAGUUCAUGAGUAACGGAAGCCUCGAUUCACAUCUUUUCAAUCGAGAAAGGUCGUUAAUGUGGCCCGAAAGGUACAAAAUUGCCCAAGGAUUGGCCUAUUCGUUGCAUUACUUGCAUUUCGAAUGCGAACCCUGUGUGUUACAUAGGGACAUAAAGGCAAGCAACGUUAUGUUAGAUUCAGAUUUGAAUGCCAAACUUGGAGAUUUCAGUUUGGCUCGGAUUGUGUCCCCUGAGAAAGCACUGCAGAGCACGAAAAUCGGCGGGACAUUCGGGUAUAUGGCUCCAGAGUAUGCUCUAACAGGUCGAGCUAGCCAAGAAGCAGAUGUUUAUAGCUUCGGUGUCGUCGUUUUGGAGAUCGUUUGCGGACGAAAGCCGAUAACGCCGAACGCGGACGAGAAUCAAAUAUACAAAGUGGAGUGGCUUUGGGGACUCUAUGCAAGAGGAAAACUUAUCGAAGCAGCCGAUCCACGACUAGAGGGAAACUUCGACAAGCAACAGAUAGAACGGUUGACGAUUAUCGGGCUAUGUUGCGCUCACCCGCAUUGCAGUUCCCGGCCUUCCAUGAAACAAGUGAUCAGCAUGCUUAAUUUUGAGGUUUCGCUGCCCAUUCUCGAGUUAGAAAUGUCGGUUUCAGAUUAUUUUUAG